AUGAGCAAUGAUUCGUUUAAGCAAUUUGAUGACUUCAUUGAAAUUUAUGAAAAACUAUACCAUAUAGAACCAAACGAAUCUAUCGAAGAAAUUCUAGAUUUGUUAAUUGAUUGUUUAAUCGAUAAGUACAAUAGAACCACAGACCAAAUAAUAUCAAGUAUUUUAAGAACUGCAAAAUAUAAUUAUCGUUCAAUUAGGGUUUAUUCUCAAAUAUUAAAUGAAAUUCUUGAUCUUGAUUCACAUUCUUCAAGAUAUGUAUUAAUGAAAUAUAAACCCCUAAUUAAAUAUUACCGUUAUAUUGUUACAUUGAAAUUCCCAAAAGAAUCUGACAUUGAAAUUAUUAUAAUGAAUGAUCAAAUUGAUAAAUUCAAGGAAUACAUAAUAGAUCAAGAUAUUAGUGACAUUAGCAUCAAUCUUUUGAACUUAAAGGAAAAAUCUCUUCUUGAAGUUUGCGCUUAUUUUGGAGCAGUGAAUAUAUUCUAUUUUCUUCAUUUGAAUUUAGGUCACCAAAUAACAGAAAGGUGUCUUAAGUUGGCAAUAUAUGGGAGAAAUACAGAUAUAAUCAAUGAAUGCUUAAAACAUUUUCAAGCUAAUUCAAAAACUUGUAAGGCAGCAAUUAUUUCUCAUAACAACAUUUUUCUGAAAAAUAUUAUGCAUCAAGAUCUUAUGGAUAAAAACAUACCUUUUCAGUUUAUUGUACCAGACUCACAGAACUUAAAGGCACUCAUUCUUUUAUAUCAGAAAGAUAAAAACUUAAUAAUACCAUACUGCUCUGCAUUUCCUCAAACAUUAGAGAUUCUCAAAAAUGAAUCUUUUGAUUUAUCAAAAAUUACUUCCACUCAAGAUAAAUUACUCCAUUAUGCAGCGAGGUAUAAUAAUUUUGAUAUAUGCAAAUAUUUAUUAAGUCAUCAAGAAAAAUAUCAUACAAAUGUUAAUGAUAAGGAUAGUAAAUCGCUAACUUCUCUUCACUAUGCAGCAGAAAUCAACAGCGAAGCCAUCGCACAGCUUCUUAUUUUACAUGGAGCAGAUAUUAACUCAACAAAUGAUAAUUUAGAAACACCUUUACACUUUGCGGCUCUAAAUAAUAGCAUAGAAACAUAUGAAGUUCUUGUUAAUAAUGGUGCAGAGGUCGAUGAUAGAGCUUUAAACCAUGCUAUCAAAUAUAUUAAUGAUACUCUAAUUGAGAAACCGUAG